UUGUGGAGCUCAGCGAGAAACUGAGAACCCGAGAAGGGCAAAGUUAGAGAACGAGAGCAAGAGAAGGGGGGAGCGUAACAAGAAGAGAGAGAGAAGAAUGGAGUGUAGAGAGAGAGAGAUGGAAUGCAGAUGUGAAAUAGGGAAACCCGUGGUGAUGCUGAUAUGUGGAACCCUAAUUUAUUAUCAUUGCGCUAUUCGAAACUCGAGCAUCGUCUCUCUCAUUUCAGACGUCUUCAUCGUCCUCCUCUGCUCCCUCGCCAUCCUUGGUCAUGCUCUUCCGUCCAGAUCAACAUAGCGGUGCCCGUCGAUCCUCUGGAAUGGCAGAUUUCUCAGGAAACUGCGAAUGGAAUAGCCGCAUGGAUGGCUAACACAAUAGGGGCUGCUGAAUCCGUGCUGAGGGUUGCUGCAACAGGGCACGAUAAAAGGCUAUUUCUGAAGGUUGUCGUUUUCCUCUAUUUGUUGUCUGCUUUGGGGCGGUCAGCCUCUGGUGCAACCAUUGCCUAUGGGGCAUUAUGCCUGGUUUGUUUGUUUGUCGUCACUCAAAACUCGCAACAAGUCAAUACUUGCUCUUCUCAAUUCCUUAGAAGAAGAGACUCGACUUCGGCACUACUGCAAGAUCCUCUGUAAUAUAUACCAAAGUUGUGAUCCAUUCCUAGAAUUUCUUCCAUUUUGCUUAUUCCCUUCUUUUGGGGAGGUUUUUCUUCUGUAUAGGAGUUUGAACUUUUCAUUGGACCCAUUGAAAAGAAGCUUUUUCUUCUUUUUUUUCCAUUUCGUUUUUGUGGAGGGAGGGGAAUUCAAUCACUUCUCCUGUUAUUUUAGUGGUGUAUGACUUGUCUAUGAAGAAAAGGAAAUUACAGUGGAGCUCUUUGAAGUUGUAUGAACUUUUGGAAAAUACCGAGGGAUUGAUUGUCGUAGUUUUAA